AUGCGCGUCAGAGAAUUGAACAUCCCCCGAAAGUCUCGCACACUUUACGAUACGAGUGGUAGAAUAGGAGACUGCGCCGCUCCCGCUUUUCUCCAACAUCUCCAGGGAUUCCUCGAGAGCGAGCUAUGUCUCUCAGCAGAGCACUCGGGCUUCUCGAAAUUAACCGCGAUUGAGGAGAUUCCUCUCUAUGAGGUGGAAGCUCGGCCGCCGGGAGGACCUGGGAGUGUCUGCGAUCUGCAGGACUUAAUAGAGGUGUACUUUGCCUCUUCCUGCGGAAUAUUAGACAUCAUUGAUCGGUGCCAAGUCGAUGGCCUCCUUCAGAGCUGGAAGAGCUACAGUCUAGCGGAUACCGGACGCACGGCAGUGCUCUUUUUGAUUCUCGCAUACGGUGCCCAAUCGCGAAGUGGGAGUGUAGCCGAUAUGCAGUACUCUCAGUACUAUUACCAUCACGGUCGACGGUUAGCGCUCCUCGAGCUGACGAAUGAACCAAGCGUCGAGACUGUUCAGGCAUUCGUCCUAAUCUCGCUUUACAUGCUCGCUUCUUCUCAGCGGAACGCGUCCUUCCUUAACCUUGGCAUAGCAAUCAGUGCGGCCAAGUCUCUUGGCUUUCACCGCGAUGAUGUCAACGCCAUGUUUCCCGAGAACAACACCAACCUGAGGAGCCGGAUCUGGAGAUCUCUCCGAUAUCACGACUUAUUCUUCUGCGCUAUGAUGGGGCGAACUCCAUCAACCUUGACCACAGAUUCCUGUUAUUCAGAUAAGCAAGUCCAAGACCAGAAUAUGUCAGGGUCGGACUCGGGCCAGCAACUUGCUCUCACCGAGGCCGUGCGUGCCUUUUCCAUCCUCGAGCGCACGGUUUCGGAAAUAUACACCAAAAACACAGCAUCACUCGCUCAUCUCGAGUCUCUUGCUCGAGAACUGCAAGCGGCCACCUCGAGUAUCCCCCCGGAACUCCGUACCGUAACUGCCGCGGAGAGUCCAGAGCAGAGACAUGUCAUCAGGAAUGCGCAUGUCGCCUGUAGCUAUUAUUUCAGCAUGAUGAUACUAACUCGCCCAUUCUUGAUUUCUUGCAUUCAACAAAAGUGCGGUCGGGCAGGCGAUAAAUCCAGGGCUGAUGUCCCACCAACCGAAGGCGAGGAUUCCCCUCUCAGCCCGGAGAUCACGCAAGGUGCACUUGCCUCGAUAGAUUCAGCUAUUCACGUCACCCAACUUAUCCACGAGCUCUUAACAACCCACAUGCUCUUCAACAAUAUGGUACUCAUCAUUGCAAUGGUGUUUGUUGCGUCUCUCACGAUAUGUUCCGCUCAUCUGGGCCGCCUCGGCUACCAGGCAAGCAAUGAAUUGGCUAUCCGCCAAGCCGAGGAGAUCCUGCAGCAUUUCUCACACCACACUAGGCAAGGGAAGCGGUAUGGGGAUAUUCUGAAAAAGUUAUACAAAGCAGCGAGGGUUUAUCGGGAAGCUGUUGAGCGGAGAUCUUCUGGCGCCCCGACCUUAGAGAUGCCUGAACUCUUCAGUUUGAGUAAUAGUGGCCGCGAAGAAGCCUGGAAAACCGACGACAUUCCAUCAGAACGGCAGGAAAUUGUCGAACAAAAUCAGGGAGAUCGUGAUGGCUCUGAUUCCUCAACCGAAAGCCUUGUAAUACCCGGGAACAGUACGUCGAUUGAAGCGGCCUUCUGGGGUCCGGCUUGGCAGGAAGGGCUGUGGCUGACAUCGCCAGAGAUUUCAAUAACUGAUCUCAUUGACUCCUUCAAUCAGACUGGGGGCGGCUCGAUUGCGGACAGUAUGCCAUUCACUGGUAUUCAAGGCUACACACACGCCACCUCACAUCAGAGUGGCCAUAUCUGGGGUUUCGAUUAG